AUGAUCACGAACACGAUCAGAGCGCAAUACGGCGGAUCUUCUCAAAGCUCCCUCUUGUAUUCUAAGCCAUAUACUAAGAGGAUUAAUGAUCUGAGAAUGCCUGCUGGAUACCAACCUCCAAAAUUCCAACAUUUCGAUGGGAAGGGCAAUCCCAAACAACAUAUUGCUCACUUCGUCGAAACUUGUGAGAAUGCUGGUACAAGAGGCGAUCAAUUGGUCAAGCAGUUCGUCAGAACGUUAAAGGGAAACGCCUUUGACUGGUAUACUGAUCUCGAGCCUGAAACGAUCGAGAGUUGGGAACAACUUGAAAAAGAAUUCCUAAAUCGCUUUUACAGUACGAAGAGAACUGUCAGCAUGAUGGAGCUCACAAACUCCGAACAAAGAAAAGGCGAACCGGUUGUCGAAUAUAUCAACCGAUGGAGAGCUCUAAGUCUUGAUUGCAAAGAUAGACUUACUGAACUAUCCGCUGUCGAAUUAUGCACUCAAGGUAUGCAUUGGGAACUUCUUUACAUCCUUCAACGUAUAAAACCUCGCACCUUUGAAGAGCUAGCAACUCGUGCUCACGAUAUGGAGCUAAGCAUUGCUAAUCGAGGAAGUAAGGAUUCUUUAGUGCUGGACUUAGAGAAAGAAAGCAAAAGUGUUGAGAAAACUUCAAAUGAAUUUUUUGGUGUAAACACAAUCUCUCCCAAGUUGUUUUCAAAAAUAAAAGGGAAGAGAAUUGAGAAGCAAAAAGGAAAUAGGAAAAUAUGGCUAAGCUUGAAAGAAAGGCAAGAAAAAGUCUAUCCUUUUCCUAAUUCCGACAUCCCUUAUAUGUUGGAACAAUUGCUGGAAACACGAUUGAUUGUACUUCCAGAGUGUAUACGACCAGAAGAAAUGAGUAAAGUUGAUGAUCCCAAAUAUUGCAAGUACCACCGAGUUAUCAGUCAUCCAGUGGAAAAGUGUUUUGUCCUAAAAGAGCGUAUCCUAAAUUUAGCUCGAGAAGGAAAGAUUGAGUUGGAUUUCAAUGAAAUAGCUCAAUCAAAUCACGCUGCAGUAACAACAAAUAUAGGCAGCCAAACACCUCAAAGUCUAUUCUACAAUAAGGGGAUAAACUUGAUCUAA